UUUCAUCAGCUCACAUUUUGACAAAUAAAUCACUGCAAAGCAUAUUAGCUUUAUUAAAAAAAAAGAUUUUUCCUCUUUCUAACGAUUCGCCCUGUAAAAAAUCGAUCGAAAACCCUUAAAAAGCUCAGAUACUAACCAGUUUAAUGGCUGUACAGGCCGCUCCACGAGCGGGUCUGCCAAUAAAUUCACAUCGACCGAGUUCAAGUCUUAUUCAUGGCGAUCAUUUCCAUAAAACUCGAGUUCUGAGUUUUCCUCGAACACCAGAAUUCAAUCCCCUGUACGUAAAUUCAUUAUCGUCGCACAAGGGCAGAGUGAGGGCGCAUGCCGCUAGCCGCAGUAAUUUCAAUGAGUCGGCUUCCCAGUUCACGGAGGAAGCCCGCAAAAAGGCUGCGGAAGCCGCCAAAAGUGUCUCCGAUGCCGCUAAAUCCAUGGCGGACGCCGCCAAGGAGCGCGUUAAGGACUUUGAUAACGAGCGCGAUCUUAAGCGGCGGUUUCGACGGGCCGCGAACGCCGCCAAUGAAAGGCUAGGGGAUUUUGCCUUCGAGACCCGGAGGACUCUGCAGAGGUGGAAUCGCCAACUUAGGGUUACUGACCGCAUAGAGGAAGCGGCGGACUUGUUCAGACAGGAGGUCAAGAAAAUCGAUCGUGAGUUUGGUGUUGGACAGAAGAGUCGCGCGCUUUCCAUGGAUUUUCGAAGGAAUUGGCCUAGGUACAAGAGGGAACUGAACAAUUUUUUUAAUACACCUCUGGGCAGAAGUGCAGCUACAUUGGUAUUUCUCUGGUUUGCACUCUCUGGAUGGCUAUUUAGGAUUAUAAUCCUUGGAACAUGGGUUCUACCCUUUGCAGCACCUCUUCUCAUUGGAGCAGUUGCAAAGAAUGCUGUAAUAGAGGGGGCAUGUCCUGCUUGUAAAAGGCGUUUUAUAGGCAAUCGCAGUCAGGUAAUUCAAUGCAUGAAUUGCAGGGCUAUAGUUUGGCAACCUCGUGAUGAUUUCUCAAAAGGCAGUUCAGACCCUGAAAUCAUUGAUGUUGACAUAGAGGAGAAAUGAAAUAUCGUAUGAAAAUUGAUUAUCUUUCUAUUUGACGAGAGCUUUUGGUGUACAUUGAAUAAUAAUUCUUAAGAUCAAGUGUACCGAUGUACAAUCUUGCAUUUUUCAAAUGUAUAUUUAGUAUUUAUUGCAAAUCUCUUUGAGAAUUCCUCUUCAGAGAGAUUUUGAAUUUAGGGCCAGUCACCAUGUUGCAGCCUUCCCAUGGGUUGCGAUUUAAUCAGGAUUUACUUUCAUAUUUUUGAGAGACUGAUCAGAAAACAAGUCCUGCUUUUCUGGUCAGUUGCAGUUUUACUCUUUCACCAAAGGUGUGUAGUAUAUCAUAUAGGAACACACUUGCAAAUGUAAUUGAUCUUAACAUUUUCACAAGAUGCCUGUGUCAAACGAAGGGCGUGUAUAUCAUUAAGAGAGUCCCUUAUGUUA